UGCGGUCGUGAUGAUGCGCAGUCUCUACAAAUACACGCUCGCGCUCGGAAUCAGUUGAAACAGGUUACCAAACUGUCAGUGACGGUUGAAAUCAUGCUUGAAAUAAAUUUGUUGAAAGUGGAGAACCCGUCCUGUCUGUGGGGUCGGUUUGUGAAGGGUCCAGGGAUAGAAGCGGCCGAGAAUAAAAAAGAAUAUGAUGAUCUGCAAAUGAAAAUGAACCUUUUCUAUCAUGAGGUCAACCUAGAUGUGCAGAAGAUCAAACCCUCAACUAUAGAGUCGGGACAGGUGUGUGUGGUGUACUGGUCUACCCUAAGGAGCUGGUGCCGAGCCAUCGUUGAGUCUCUUUUCCUGGGCACCGUUGGAACCCAGGCCAUGUGUUUCCUAGUUGACCACGGAGAGCGCGUCAUCGUCAGCUCAGAUGAGAUUCGGGCUCUGUUAGAUACGUUUUUGCAGCUGCCCUUCUGGGUGAGGAAGUUUCAGCUCGCUGGUGUUCAUCCCAUGACGCUGCACGUGUCUGGAGACUGCCUGGAGAAAGCUGAGCUCAUACCAUCAACGCAAUGGGACAGCUCUGCCACACGCUAUUUGCACAAUCUCUUACAAGCUUCUACCGAGAUGGAGGCAGUGUUGUGUGAAACACAGGCAGAUUGCACUGCCAUUGAGCUCUACUUGACUGUCAAAAAUGUCAAGAUCUGUGUGAACGACGAUCUGGUCUCAAAGAAGUUUGCGUACUUCACAAGCCAGAAGGCCCAUCAAACAAGUGGGAAAAAUGGUGUUGUUGAUAGAUCCCCAGCCGUCUUGGCAUGUGACAUCUUUUCUGAAACUCAGAACUUCCUGGCUACUGACGGCUGCACCGUACGAUCACUUUCAGAUUUCCUGCUCCGGCAGCAGGACCCAAUCGUUCAUAAUCAAGUGGCUGAUCAGUGCCAGCUAACGACAUCUGUGAAAGACGCAUCGAAGGCUUCCAAUGAGGUAUCAAAUCCAAAGAAAAGCCUAGAAAAUGGAAGAAAUCCCUUAGAGGGAGGAAAAAAGAAGGCAGCCCAGCCGCAGAACAAGAAAUUCAAGACGUUUUCAGAGAUUGAUGGCGAUGAAGACGAGAGCGACGAGGAGCCCGGAGAGGACACCGACACAUCUCUUGUGUCAGAACUGUUAAAAAAUCUGGAUCUGUUAAGAUUCAAGAAGUUUCUGAAUCCUGCUUCGAGCACUCAAAGGGCUGCUAUUCCCAAAACUGCGCUUAUUGAACAGAAGGAGGAACAUGGUGUUCAGAGGAUCUCUGCGCUCACGGAGAAAGCAGAGAAAGAGCCAGUCACUGCACCUCAACAGAUCGGACAACAGACUGAAACGGCUGUAUGUACUCCUAGUGACCUAGUAGACCGGACACAAGAGUUUGUCUUCACAGAGCAGCCAACCAUUGAGGAGGAGCUCGUCUGCGCUCGGUUGUUGCAGUUGCUAAAUCCUGACCCUCUGAACCCAGAUGUAUACUCAUCAGAAGUCACUAUCGUCCAUACUGAUCCAAGCAGGAGUGGGAUAAUGGUGCAUUCUGCCUUUACUCUGGACCCCUGCACCAGUCUGGCCAAUGCUCCAAUCACUGACACCUUCCGGAGGAUCUUGAUGAGGAAGAAGUAUGCCGGCCCGUCUGUGUCUGAGAGUUACUGCUGGCCGGCGGUGGCCAGGGGCUGUGACACGGUCCUCAUCUCCCACAGCGGAGACCAGCCCCUCACCUACAUCCCCCCGUUCCUGGCCCACAUGCAGCUCUCCUCCGUCUUCAGUGCCCUCUCUUCUCGCACCGGGCCCAUAGCUGUGAUCCUGUGCCCGGGGUGGGAGAAAGCCCAGACUGUGAUUGACCUGCUGGAGGAGAGCCAGACCGUCCAGGUCCUCCACCCCAUGGUCAUACUGUUGGGACUGGGAAAGGAUGAGGCAAAGACCGUUAAGAUCCAGAACAACUGCCAGGUGGUGGUGACCACUCCGUUCAGCCUUGUGCGUCUGCUGCGUUUGCACUGUUUCCUGUUCCUGCGGCUGUGUCACCUGGCGCUGGACGAAGUGGACCUGCUCUUUUCUAGAGCCCCGGACGAGAUGACCACUAUCCUGCAGCACUUCCAGAGGGUGACGGCCAGUGAGGAGCGUGUGUCGUGCCCCAGACAGAUCAUCGCAGUGGGAAAGCACUGGAGCCGCCACCUGGAGGGCCUGCUCCACAACCACAUGAACAACCCCACCGUUGUCGUCACGGUGAUGGAGGAGGCCGCACUCUACGGCAAUGUGCACCAGAUUAUCCUGUUGUGUCUGGACUGCACUAAGAUCUCUGUCCUGCUCGGGGCGCUGGACUUCACCCCCGACGUGGCCCAGAAGACCCUCGUCAUCACCAACUCUGCUGAGGAGGCCGAGCAUGUCUUCAAGGCUGUUUCAAACACAUCAGCGUUCUCCCUGAAGGCCCACGAGGAGUUAACCUACCAGUUUGACUUUGUGACUGAGCAGUGGAAGAAGCCCAUUGGACCUGGCACUCAUGUCAUUCUGGUCACCACCAAUGAGUGUAUGAAGUCUUUGGGUAUCUGUGAUGCUACGUGUGUUGUGCACUACGGCUUCCCAAGCUCACCUAAGCUGUUUGGCAGCCGUCUGUUUUGCAUGUCCCAGAACUUCCAGAACCUUUCAGACAAGGAGCGUGCUGCAGAGAGCACGGCCCACCCUGCCAAGUCAGUGCUGCUGCUAUCUGAGAGGAAUGCCCGUCACGUAAUCGGGGUCCUGCGCUACCUAAAGCGUACUGAUGCCUCGCUCCCUCCAGAGCUGCUGCAAUUCGCCCAGGGAGUCCUGCGUGCCAAGGAGGAACAGAAGUCUGAUAGGCCUCUGUGCAGAUACCUCAAGAGCUUUGGCUUCUGUAGGGACAGCAGUGUUUGUUCUUAUCGACACAGCAUCAGCCCCAUAACAGACCAGCCACUGCAACCAGACUCUGGAACUAUUGUGGUUCUGCCCUUGUUCAUCAAGACUGCUUCCGUCUACUACGGACGCAUUGUGAGUAAGAAGGAGGACCGUUAUGAGAGCCUGGCAGCAGCAAUGACUACAUACUACUCCGCUGAGAAGCUGGGUGCUAAGGAGGUUCUGGAGGGAGGGCUGUACGGAGUACAAGAGGAUGAGGUCUACCACAGGGUGCGGGUGACUUCGGUGCCGGACAAGGGUGAGUGGAUGUUCUGCAGCGUGAGGGCUCUGUUCCUGGAUGAGGGGCGUGAGCAGGAGGUGAAGUCCCACCAGCUGCUGCAGCUGCCGGCCCAGUUCCACAUACUGCCGCCCCAGGCUUUGGAAAUCAUCGUCUGCAGGGCCAUGCCCAUCGACGCUGAGGUCAAAUGGAACCCCAAGGUCACCAGGGCCAUCAGUCAGAAGAUCAAAGGCCUGCAGCACCAAGCCAAGGUUGUUCUGUGUUUGGGAAACACGGUCUUCGUCGAUCCCAUGGUGCGGAUGACCCGACUACCAGGCCUGAAGACCUUAAUAAAUGAAUGCAACGUCCACGCUGAGAUCCUUAGCACGGGGAUGGGCACCAGCAACCCUCAGCACCUGGACCUGCUGAAGGAGCUCUGCCACGGGGCUGGGCCAGGAGCCAGUGCUGGGGAUGCCCUGCUCACCACGGUGCCGGAUGGCUCUGGGGUGACCUUGGAGGAGAAGGUGCAGGCUGCAGAGGAGGCCCUGGUCCACAGGAUGAGGGCAGCUGUCGAGCGCUUACACUGUGGCCAGGAGGUUUCUGUAGACCCACCCCAGACCCAAACGUCUGUGCUUCAUGCCCAGACAGACUUGUCCCAGUGCCAUAUGAAGGCCUCAGCAGAUCUGCACCAGAUGGACCAGAAGGUCUUUGCUCAUGCACCCCAGCCUUGGAUGAACGAUGUCUUUGUAUACCCGACCCAGCUCUCGCCCAAGCCACAGGAGGCCCCAUUAGCAGCAGUUCCUGAUCCGAGCGAGGCUCAACUACCAACACUCAUGGACAGGGUCCAGAUAACUUCCCCUCUCCCAACACCUAGCGAAGCCCAGAUAUCUGCCCCACUCCCAACAAUUAGCGAGCCACAGUUACCUGCCCCAACAACUGCGCACAACGACCCCAAAAUGGAGCAGUGGAGGAGCCUCAUAGCUAACCUCCAAGGUGCCACUCAAACACGGAGGCAUACAGCUCUACAAGGAUUCACCCCCAAAGACUGGAUUUCUGCAGUUCCCCGCCCCAUUGAAAAUGGUCAUUUGAUUGAUGAGAAGCAAGUCAACGGCCAGCAAGUCAUCAACGGUGAGAAAGUCAUCAGUGUUGAUGUGGAUGCACCAAAAAGUUUCCAUCCACAGAUCAAGUGGUUCCAGAGAGAUGACACAGUCACACUGAACAUAAAGCUCAGAGAACCAGUGGAUCAGAGAUGUGAAUUCUUCCCUGACAGAGUGGUGUACAGUGCGUGUGUGAAUGACAGGCCUUAUCGUGCUCACCUGGAGCUCCACAGUAACAUCACUGCAGAGAGGUGCUCCUGGGAGAUGAAGUGCAAUGAGCCAGUCAUCAGGCUCGUCAAACAGGAGAGGGGAGACUGGAAGAUGCUCCUCAAGCAAAAGAGUGCUUUUGUUAGUUUGGAUUUCGACCGAUUUGAGGAAGAUGAAAAGAAGACUUCAAAUGGUCUCUGCUUUGUGGGGCACACUGGGGAGGAAGGCUGCUACGUGAGCUCAGACAGUAGCAGUGACUGACUGCAGACAGACGGCCCUCAUCGAUCCUCCCUCUAAUCAUCAACUGAGAAGAACCUAGUGCCAAUCCCCCAAAAAUACAUACAUUCAGCCAGUUAGUUAUUAUACACUUUUCGUUCAUGUCUGCUUGAAGGACGCAUCUCUUUGGCUGUUUUAGCACAUUUCAUAUGACAAUUCCAUAUUUUCAGGUUUAUUGUUUAACGAUUUUUUGAUGUUAUGCGAUCAGACUCAACACAAGUGAAUUGAGAAUAAUGAUGGCGUAUUCAAAUCUGUUACGACAUUGGUACAUCAAAGUACUUACUACUAAGGAAUUGCCAAACUAGCAGAUACCCAUAGACGUCCAGUCAUUGUGUUAAUGCUAUUUAGAACUGGCUUGCGAACACCCUUUAACUUCUUUCAUACUGAACCAGUCCUUGUUUUCAAGCACGUGUCUACUUGACAGAAAUGUCAGAAACGGAUUAAAGCUACAUUCUGGGAUUUGAAAAACUGCUGCCCUGUCACUUGUUUCGGCAUACAGCUGAGGGAUGGGGCUAGUAAAAUGUAACCCCUUAAAUUCAUAGACUGCGUGCAAGGACUAACAGUAUAUAUGCCAUUUACCAGACGCUUUUAUCCACAGCGACGUAGUCAUGUGUGCUUCGUACAUCAUUCUUUUACGUACGAGUGGUCCUAGGAAUUGAACCAACUAUCCUGGUGUUGCAAGAGACAUGCUCUAACAACUGAGAGGACCAGUCCAUGACAUCCAAGCUAUACAUUGUUUGUUUACAUUAUUGUCAUUUGUAAACAAUAGUGUAAUAAAACCAAAAUAUUUUGCAUUAUGAUAAAGACCGACGGUUGUGCUUUACUCAUGAGGCAUUUAAAGCUCCAUUAUGUAACUUUGUAUUUUUUUUCCAAUAAUCUUAAUGACCAUUAAUCAACUUUCAGUCUAUCGUUCUUUCAGACUACAUGCAUUUUUGCUGUGAUUUUUCAAUUAAAGUGGAAUGGUUUUGGAAUAGUUGCUUUGUAAACUAAUAUCAAUGAUUUUACUUUCAAUACAUGGACCAAUUCGGUAUGACCCAAGUUCCGCUAGAAGAACCAAAAGAUUUACUUUGGCCUUAAUAAAGCAUUCAAAAUAAAAGUUAACAAAACAACAGCUACUCUAUCAGUAGUCUUCUAUGGUAGAAAUGAACCUUUCAGCAGUACAAUGAAGUUCAAAGCUAUAUAUAAAAACACCCUUACGAAGUGUGGAGUGGGUUGUGUAGUUAAACAUGUAAACACUUGGAAUUUCUCUAAAUUAAAUGGUUAGUUUAUCUAAUCAAGCUAGCUGUAGCAAUAGUAAACAAUGGAUUAUCGUGGAUGCUGUCACUACAGAGAGGUAUAGAACGAUUGAAGUUAUAUUCUACUCAAGGUUUUCUAAAGCUAGCCAGGUUCAGUUAGCCUCACAUUCCGGAUCCGGCUUAAUCCGUACUGACUAGAUAUUGCUCGUCUGCCUGCCGCUAACUCCUGUGCAUGCCGCAUAUGGCUACUCAAACUCUUAAUUGAGACAAUGCUGAAAUAUCAGUCCAUGGGCGAGUCGGUGCCACAUUUUAAAUUUGUGCCGAUUUCAAAAUGAAAAAGUUAUCUGUCAAAUUUAGCAGGCUGUGGUGUGAAAUAAGCUUGUAGAAGUGCCGUCUUUAUUGUAUUACUUAUUGGUAAUGCCAUCUUUGGUGUGUUUAUUAAUGCAUCAACAUCUUUACUAGCGAUAAAAUAUUUGUUUUAAGUCAUACACAAGUUAUACUGUGAGUUACGUUUCAAAUGUGAUAGGUAUUUGAACAUCAUUUUUUAACACAAAAACAUUACAUUUUAAUAGAAUAUUUAAUCAGCCUUCUUCAAAUGAAGGAGAUUAGGACUCAAUCUUUGCAAGUGGGAGGGAAUCUGUUUUUAUUGUUCCUCAACUCACAGCUCAGACAAUUCAGUAUAAAAAUGUAGCCCUGAGUUAGCCUGCCUGGGAGCAGGUUAGUUCUGAAGGAUUCGUUGCCAUAGAAAUUUACCUGGCUAAAAGGUCACUUUUGUCGUACCGGUUAUCCCGAGUUGAACUCUGAGUUGGUCCAAGUUACCUCACCUCACUAACUCGUGCAACCAUGUACAUAGUAUAGGGCUCUGGCCUACAUAAACAACUCAAAGGCUGCGUUUACAUCCCAAUUCUGAUCUUUUGCCACAUGAGUUUUUUGACCGAUCAGAUCUUUUGCCAAUACAGUGCAUUCGGUAAGUUUUCCGAUCCCUUGACUUUUUCCACAUUUUAUUACAUUACAGCCUUAUUCUAAAAUUGAUUAGACAUUUUUUUCCCUCAUCAUUCUACACACAAUACCCCAUAAUGACAAAGCAAAAACAGGUUUUUAGAAAUGUUUGCAAAUUUAUACAAUUGAUUUGACAUUUAUGUAAGUAUUCAGACUCAGUACUUUUGAAACACCUUUGGCAGCAAUUACAGCCUCAAGCCUUCUUGAGUAUGACGCUACAAGCUUGGCACACUUGGGGAUAUUUGGGGAGUUUCUCCCAUUUUGUUAUCUGCAAAUCAUCUCAAGCUCUGUCAGAUUGGAUGGGGAGAGUCGCUGCACAGCUAUUUUCAGAUCUCUCCAGAGAUGUUCGAUCGGGUUCAAGUCCGGGCUCUGGCUGGGCCACACAAGGACAUUCAGACUUGUCCCGAAGCCACUCCUGCAUUGUCUUGGCUGUGUGCUUAGGGUCAUUGUCCUGUUGGAAGGUGAACCUUAGCACCAGUCUGAAGUCCUCAGUGCUCUGGAGCAGGUUUUCAUCAAGAAUCUCUCUGUACUUUGCUCCAUUCCUCUUUCCCUCGAUCCUGACUAGUCUCCCCUUCCCUGCCGCUGAAAAACAUCCCCACAGUAUGAUGGUGCCACCACCAUGCUUCACCGUAGGGAUGGUGCCAGGUUUCCUCCAGACGUGACGCUUGGCAUUCAGGCCAAAGAGUUAAAUCUUGGUUUCAUCAGACCAGAGAAUCUUGUUUCUCAUGGUCAGAGAUCUUUAGAUGCCUUUUGGUAAACUCCAAGCGAGCUAUCAUGUGCCUUUUUAACUGAGUGACUGAAGAAAAAAUGUAUGUACCUUUUUUUAAUCCAUUUUAGAAUAAGGCUGUAACGUAACAAAAUGUGGAAAAAGUCCAGGGAGCUGAAUACUUUCUGAAUGCACUGUAAUAGUGCACUGUAAUUGUGCACAAAACUAAAUUGGGCUGCCUGUAUAAACGCAGCCAUUGUAGAUUAAUUUCACCCAAGCAUGUAGAUUAAAUGUAGAUUUAAAUGGUCAAUCUGCAGUUGAUACAUCCAUUUUUGGACUUAAAUAUGUACCCAUUGAUUCUUGAAGAAUAUAACUUAUAAAUCCCUUAUGAGCUUAGUUCAAUUGUUGUACCCCAUCAGAACCCAAAAUAUAAGCUUGUUGUCCUCCAAUGUUUGUUCACAAAGUAAAUGUAAACAUUUAUAUAGCCUCAACAUGGUUAAACUAUAAUUUUUAUAUCAUGACUGGUCAGUCCUUGCAUCAAUAGCUCUAUGAAUUUGAGUGGUUACAUUUUUCCAGCCCCAUUCCUCAGCUUUUUACCGAAAUGGGUGAGGAGUACAUUUUGUUUCAACUGCUGAUAGCAGCUUUAAAAUAUGGUUCUGUUAGUGUUUUUGCCAUAGUCUGGUUCCUCUCAAGGUUUCUUCCAUCUGGGCAUUUUUCCUUGCCUCUGGGCUUCUGCUUGUUCUUUGGAGGGUUAGGCUGUGUCACUGUGAAGCACUUGCUGUUGUAAAAAGUGCUUUCAUUUUAGCAUUUGUGGCACAAAUCCCCUGCAAGUCAUGGUACCUAAAUUAGCAUUUUUAGUGCAUCAGGUCCAAAUCAUCUAUAAGUAAAUUAGUUGAGCUACACAAUCAUUGUUUGAUAAUUUAGGAUAAUUUGGACAUAAUGUGCCAAAAAAAAUGCUAAUAUAAAUAUUAUGACUUGAAAGGGAUUUGUGCUACAAAUGCAAAAAUAUUACCAUUUGAAAACGGUGCCAAGGAAACUAAAUCUUGGAUUGUUGUCAUACCUUGUCCAUAGACCGCUUACAGGGAAAGAAACAAAUGUUAUUUUCUAAUUUGGGACUUGCGACGGAUUUCCUUCAUAUGGAUUCUUUUUUUUGUUGGUCAAACUCCGUUUCACCUGUUACAGUCUAAGCCCUGUGUAAGGGGGGGUUCUGCUAAAAUAUAUGGAAUUAUUUACAGAAUGUCAUAGGAUCAUUUGGCAAUUUGAGUUAGAAUUUUAAGAGCCCUUGAAGUAUCAAAAAAUAUAUAUGAAAAAUGAAAAAAUGAAAAAUAAAAAUGAUUUAUUUGGCUUUACUGCUAUUAGCCCAUAUAAACGCAUUGAAUAACAGAUUUACUACAUGGAACAACAGAUAUCCCUCCCAAAAAAUCUAAAGGAAGUUUGUUCUGAAGUGUCUGUCCUAUAUCUGAGAGCUACAGUAUAAGAAAGAUCAGGAAACAUUUUUAUUUGUACAUGUAUUUAACCCCUUAUUUUUGUCACUAAACUGUUAACUUUUGGCCACGACUAAGUUUUGAGAAUGACAAAUAUUAAUUUUCACAAAGUUUGCUUUCUAACUUCUAACUUCUUUAGAUAUUUGUCAGAUGUUACUAUGGAAUACUGAAGUAUAAUUACAAGCAUUUCAUAAGUGUCAAAGGCUUUUAUUGACAAUUACAUGAAGUUGAUGCAGAGAGUCAAUAUUUGCAGUGUUGACCCUUCUUUUUCAAGACCUCUGCAAUUCGCCCUGGCAUGCUGUCAAUUAACUUCUGGGCCACAUCCUGACUGAUGGCAGCCCAUUCUUGCAUAAUCAAUGCUUGGAGUUUGUCGGAAUUUGUGGGGUUUUGUUUGUCCACCUGCCUCUUGAGGAUUGACCACAAGUUCUCAAUGGGAUUAAGGUCUGGGGAGUUUCUUGGCCAUGGACCCAAAAUAUUGAUGUUUUGUCAAAAUUAUGAGUGAGCCCUCUCCCUUGGCUGAGAAGCAACCCCACACAUGAAUGGUCUCAGGAUGCUUUACUGUUGGCAUGACACAGGACUGAAGGUAGCGCUCACCUUGUCUUCUCCGGACAAGCUUUUUUCCGGAUGCCCCAAACAACAAUCGGAAAGGGGAUUCAUCAGAGAAAAUGACUUUACCCCAGUCCUCAGCAGUCCAAUCCCUGUACCUUUUGCAGAAUAUCAGUCUGUCCCUGAUGUUCUUCCUGGAGAGAAGUGGCUUCUUUGCUGCCCUUCUUGACACCAGGCCAUCCUCCAAAAGUAUUUGCCUCACUGUGCGUGCAGAUGCACUCAUACCUGCCUGUUGCCAUUCCUGAGCAAGCUCUGUACUGGUGGUGCCCCAAUCCCGCAGCUGAAUCAACUUUAGGAGACGGUCCCGGAGCUUGCUGGACUUUCAUGGGCGCCCUGAAGCCUUCUUCACAACAAUUGAACCGCUCUCCUUGAAGUUCUUGAUGAUCCGAUAAAUGGUUGAUUUAGGUGCAAUCUUACGGGCAGCAAUAUCCUUGCAUGUGAAGCCCUUUUUGUGCAAAGCAAUGAUGACGGCACGUGUUUCCUUCCAGGUAACCAUGGUUGACUGAGGAAGAACAAUGAUUCCAAGCACCACCCUCCUUUUGAAGCUUCCACUCUGUUAUUCAAACUCGAUCAGCAUGACAGAGUGAUCUCCAGCCUUGCCCUCGUCAACACUCACACCUGUGUUAACGAGAGGAUCACUGACAUGUCAGCUGGUCCUUUUGUGACAGGGCUGAAAUGCAGUGGAAAUGUUUUUUGGGGGGAUUCAGUUUAUUUGCAUGGCAAAGAGGGGCUUUGCAAUUCAUCUGAUCACUCUUCAUAACAUUCUGGAGUAUAUGCAAAUUGCCAUCAUGCAAACUGAGGCAGCAGACUUUGAAAAUGAAUAUUUGUCAUUCUCAAAACUUUUGGCCACAACUGUAUAUACUUCCUUUCAUUUUUUUAACUGGUCCUGGGGGGACCUUCAGAGGAGUCUUGUGAGGCCCAUGUUCGUGAGAGUCUCACCUUUUCACAGAAUGGUCAUAUUUGUGUGUAGUCCAAAUGGGCGUUUGUUGAUUACUAAUGAGGCAUUUGUUAGUUAUUGAAGAGGGCGCUGAUGUUGUGGCAAAAAAUCUGUCACGGAAACCUCUACCCAUGUAGCUUGUGUGAUCUUGUUAAUUAACAUCUAUCAUAUUAUAUUGCUUUUUUUGUCUCAAUCCAUGUAAAGCUUUGUUUUUUGGUUAAAUUAAAGUUCUUUGUUUCUUGAA